UAUAUCUCCAAAUCAUAAAACUUAAAUACAUAUUAGUACAAACAAGUUGUGUUUAAAUUUCCAUUUAGAUUUACAACUGCAUUCUGCGUUAUUUACUCAAGAGUUUUGAUAAUUCAGAAAAUUGGUUUAAUUAAUAAUUGUACACUGUACAGUAUAGACACCAUAUUCGAAGACACAUAUAAUGCAGUUUAUAGCUUCCGAACAUCCACAUAAGCGAUACAAUCCGCUGAAAGGUGAAUGGGUAUUGGUUUCACCGCAUCGUAUGAAAAGACCAUGGGACGGUCAAACGGAGACUGUGAACAACGAUAUGGGACCAGAAUUCGAUCCUACUAAUCCACUUUGUCCCGGAGUGGUCAGAAGUAGCGGCGAAAAAAAUCCAUUUUACACAUCCACGUAUGUAUUCAAAAACGACUUCCCUGCUUUAUUAGAAGACACGCCUUUACCUCCUACAAGUGAUGAUCCAUUGUUUCGCAUUGAAGGGGUUCAAGGCACGUGUCGCGUUAUGUGUUUUCAUCCGAAAUCUAAUAUAACAAUUGCAUUAAUGUCUGUGGACGAAAUAAAAACCGUAAUUAAAAGUUGGAUAGAGCAGUUAGAAGAAUUAGGACAAAAAUAUACGUGGGUGCAAAUUUUUGAAAAUAAAGGUACCAUGAUGGGUUGUUCCAAUCAUCAUCCACAUUGUCAAAUAUGGUCUUGUUCGUUUUUACCAAAUGAACCUCGGAUCAAAGACAUCAAUCAAAGAGAUUACUAUAACAAGUAUGGCCGUCCAAUGCUGCUGGAUUAUGUCGAACGAGAAUUAAAAGCUAAAGUCAGAGUUGUUGUCGAAAACUUAAGUUGGGUCGUGUUGGUACCUUUUUGGGCGAUUUGGCCGUACGAGACAAUGGUGUUACCGAAGAGAUGGAUUAAGAGAAUGAAUGAUAUUACCGAAGAGGAAAAGACCGAUCUAGCUUUGGUUAUGAAAAUUAUAACAACCAAAUACGAUAAUAUGUUUAAAACAUCAUUCCCUUAUUCAAUGGGCUGGCAUGGAGCUCCUACUGGAUCCAACUGGGAUGGUUACGAUCACUGGGUGUUUCACGGUAUUUAUUUACCACCACUGUUGCGCUCGGCUACAGUCAAAAAAUUUAUUUCUGGAUUUGAAUUAUUAGCGCAAUGCCAACGAGACUUAACACCUGAACAAGCAGCUGAAAGACUUCGAGAACAAUCGGAAAUUCAUUAUUUAGUUUCAACUAAAAAAUAAUAUAUUUAAUAAAUAAAUAUUUUUUAAUUUUACAUUAUAUUAAAAUUUUUGUUGGGGAAUAAAAUAUUUAUUUUAGAAAGUUAUACAUACAAAUAUAAUACAAUCAUAUAAUAA